AUGAAGAUAUCUGGUAAUAGUGAUUUCAUUGAUCUGAGUAAACACUCAGACAUUGAUGUAGAGGAUACACUUGCUAAGGUCUGGGCAACAAGAAAUAAUGCAAUUGCAACCAUUGGGUCAAUGACCUCUGAACUGAAGGAGUUUCGCUUUAAAGGCAUAAGGCCAACUCUGGUAAAGGCUGUCUCUGAUGAGGACAAGAAAAAUAACAAAUUUAAUCAAGAUGCUCAGAUUGCAUUUGGGUUGGUCCAGAUCCUGAAUGCAUGGGUUCGUGCCCAGCGGAAACUUGAUAUGAAGAUUCUUACUUUACCCUCCCUGGGUUAUUCCAUAUGGACUCCAUGGAAGGGGGAUGGAUUGGAGUUUGACAAAGAAGGCAUCACAAUUUUCUGCAGCAACUCCCCUUGGUCCACACUCCCCAUGCCAGGUAACUCUCUGACACUUAUGCCUUUGCCACUUCCCAAAAUACCUGAGCACCUUGGCCCCAGCAGCUUCUCAGAAUUCAUUUCCCCUCUCAUUGCCAGCAACCCUGAUGCAACUCCUCCACAAACUAGCCAAACAAUGGAUGCCAAGCACCAGAGCAAAGAAAAUCACAAGGCAAAGAGGAAGGCUGAGCGUGUGCUGGCCAAGAAGGACCAGUCGGCAUGCAACUACAAACUGUGUUGGAAUAUUGGAAGAAACCAGAUUAAAGGAUGCUGA